GCGCGUAGCGGGCGCUGGUGCUGGGCCGCUGGUGCCGGGUGGCAGCUGUGGAGCUGGAGGUGGUGGACACUGUGCCCGGGAGCUAGCUGUGCUGCAGGAGCUGCAGCAGCUGCUGGCACUGCACAGAAGUAACCUCUUGGGCCAGCCCUUCCUCACUCUCCGGAGAUGGCAGGCGAAAUCACGGAGACCGGGGAUCUCUAUUCUCCUUAUGUCGGGCUGGUGUACAUGUUUAACCUCAUCGUGGGCACGGGUGCACUCACCAUGCCCAAGGCCUUUGCCACCGCCGGGUGGCUCGUCAGCCUCGUCCUGCUGGUGUUCGUAGGCUUCAUGAGCUUUGUGACAACCACCUUCGCAAUGGAGGCCAUGGCUGCAGCCAAUGCCCAGCUCCACUGGAAGAGGAUGGAGAUCCACAAGGAAGAGGAUGACGAAGACUCGUCCACAGCCUCAGACAGUGACCUCCUCAACCAAGACAACUACGAGAGGGCAGAGAAACGACCCAUCCUGUCUGUGCAGAGACGCUCAUCAGCCAACCUUUUUGAAAUCACAGACCGCGUGGAAAUGGGGCAGAUGGCUUCCAUGUUCUUCAAUAAAGUGGGGGUCAACUUGUUCUAUUUCUGCAUCAUUACUUACCUGUAUGGAGACCUCGCCAUCUACGCGGCAGCCGUGCCCGUGUCCCUCAUGCAGGUGACCUGCAGCGUCUCUGGAAAUGAGUCUUGCGGCGUGGAUACAGACACCAAAUACAAUGACACUGACCUGUGCUGGGGGCCCCUGCGCCGGGUGGAUGUCUACCGGAUCUACCUGGCUAUCUUCACCGCCCUCCUUGGUCCGUUCACCUUCUUCGACGUCCAGAAGACGAAGUACCUGCAGAUCCUGACCUCUCUGAUGAGAUGGAUCGCCUUUGCCAUCAUGAUUGUGCUGGCCCUGGUGCGCAUCGGGAAAGGACAAGGAGAGGGGCACCCGCCCCUAGCCAACUUCUUGGGGGUCCAGAACCUGUUUGGGGUGUGCGUCUACUCGUUCAUGUGCCAGCACUCCCUGCCGUCCCUCAUCACCCCCAUCUCCUCCAAGCGCCACAUCACGCGGCUGCUGGCCCUGGACUAUGCGCUGAUCCUGGCCUUCUAUGGGCUGCUCUCCUUCACGGCCAUCUUCUGCUUCCGUGGCGACAGCCUCAUGGACAUGUACACCCUCAACUUCGCCAGGUGUGACGUGGUGGGCCUUGCAGCGGUGCGGUACUUUCUGGGCCUCUUCCCCGUGUUCACCAUCAGCACCAACUUCCCCAUCAUCGCCGUUACCCUGCGCAACAACUGGAAGACGCUCUUCCACCGUGAAGGUGGCACCUACCCGUGGGUGGUAGACCGUGUCGUGUUCCCCACGAUCACCCUGGUUCCUCCCAUUCUGGUGGCCUUCUGCACCCAUGACCUGGAGUCCCUGGUGGCCAUUACAGGAGCCUACGCCGGCACUGGCAUCCAGUAUGUCAUCCCUGCCUUCCUGGUGUACCUCUGCCGCAAGGACACCCAGCUGACCUUCGGCUAUGGGACCGUCAACAAGCACAGGUCUCCGUUCCGCCACACCUUCUGGGUGGCCUUUGUGCUGCUCUGGGCUUUCUCCUGCUUCUUCUUUGUCACAGCCUACAUCGUCCUCAAGGAGACCCAGCUCUGAGAGCAGAUGCGUCUGACAACAGGAGGCAGAGACAGCCCGGCUCCAGCCUCCCGGCAUCAAAGCAGGACUUAGCUGCCACCCAGGUCUACGUGAGCGUGCUAUGCUGGGGCUCUCGGAGAAGGCCUUCGACGCCUUUAGCUGCUGUCCUCUCCCCACCCAGGACGUCAUCCUGCAGGACAGCCCUCCUGCGUGGAAACAUGGUUGUCACACACUCCUCCACUUCUGCGACUGGAGGCUGGAUGCCUCCUCCGCAGUGGAGCAGACAGUGCUGACCCCGCUGCUAUUUAUACCAGACCCCGUGCCCCCUCCUGCAUCCUUGACCAUCCCCUAGCAGCUGCUGCCUCUUCACAGGUGAUCCCAGGCCCUGGCUCUCCUAACCCGGCCUGCUUGGGAAGGGCAGGGCCCUCUUUCCUGUCAAUCCUGAGUUGCUAAGUUGUUUGGUCCCCGUCCUCCAUGGGAGACCUGGCCAGCUCUAGUGACAAGGACAGGAAGUGCUAAUUGGCACCAGGGUCCCUAGGCAAGAGCUUCAAGAGCUUCUGCUGUGGGUGCCAGCUCUGGCACAGCAAACCCGUGAAGCACCCUUCCAUGGGAUUUAGAGUCCUUCGCUUAGGACCCUGAGAGGGGCCCUCUGUCCCUGGCUUCUCCUUUGGAGCCCAGGGGCCCCCUGAAAUGCGGGGUUCCACUUGAGAAGCUGCCUCAUCACCUUGCCCACACCCAUAGUGGCUGACCGCACAGAGUGACCCUCUGCAAAAGGUCAGGCUGGUGUUUGGCAGCCCGACUUGCCGCUGUGCUGCAUCACGGCACUAGGGUGAUGCCCUUAGGAGCCUGGUCACGGCUGCUCAGUGGCCACCCCUCUCCAGGUCCCUGGCUACUGUGGAGCUGGAGCGGGUGCAUGCCACCAUUCCUAUGGAAGGAGGCCAGGCUUCCAACUGCCUCCUGUUGAGUCACGCAUGCGCCCACUAGGCCCAAUGCCUUGGAAUGAUGAGUGACUGAUGAACUGCAUUUUCAAUGUGCCUUCUGCUCUGGGCACCAGGGAUCCCUCCUGACCCUGACUUGCCCCAACCCUGGGCCUAGUCCCACCUGUCCCGGACAGAACUGCCUCUGGGGUGGAGGGUCUCAGACCCCUGCCCCCUCCCUCUUGAUUUCAGUGCCUUGCUCCAUCCUAGUGAGGGGACUCUCGCCAGCCACUCCUUCCCUUCUAAGUCUUGCCAUAUUUAAAGCUUGAACUCCACUGUGUCGUCGGAUGUCCCAGGACCCGGGGGGCUGUGCAGAACCUGCCAAGAAUGUGGGACCCACUAAGAGCACCUGCCACUUCUGGUCCCAGCAUCCUGCCUCUAAGCAUCGAUCUGAGAUCGAGGUGAGACAGGCUGCAGCUUCCCACAGCUGUCUGCACUUCAGUAGUUCCAGCAUCCCCCCAGGGCCCCUCAGUGCGCCAAGUAAGGAAAGCAAUACAGUAGCAGACCCAGGAGUAAGGACCAACUGCCCAUCAUCAUCCAUGCCCCGCCCCCAGGCUGUCUGCUGAGAGUUCAAUUAAAACAUCUGUACUUAGCCUUCUCCCUCUUGCUUAAGGACAAAACAAAUUAAAUCUUCCUCCUGCAACACACACACACCUCACCCCACCCCCAGGCUCCAAACUGAAUUUUGGUGGAAAAUUUAUUAGCAUCAUAAAGCCCGAGUUGAUUUAUGUGGCAAUCUGGAGCCGCACACAGGGCCUGCUGCGUUCCCCACCCCCAAGCUAAGUUAGGGAAGCCCCAGCCUGGGCAGGAGGAGGGACCGGCUGGCCACAUCACUGCUGCCAGCCAACCCUUCCCACUGUCUGGUUUCUUUGUUCCUUCAUCUUCACCUAUUGUCUGACCUGCUAGAAGUCACAUGAGGUCUCAUCACACCAGGCCUCUGUCACUGGUCACCAGGAGAACUGGGCACAGAGAGGACAGGACUUAGCAGUUCUGGGUAUCAUUUGUCCCCCACACACACCCACACAGGCAUCAAGCACACUAAAUAUUUGUGUAUUGCCUGGGUAAGGUGAUAGACUAGGUCAUGGUAUCUGCAAAGAGGCCCUGGGGUUAUUGAUCGGGGGUCCAGGGGGGACAGCAAUGAACCCACCCAGCCUGGCCCCAGAUCCGAGUCUCUGAAACUCAGCCGUUGUCACCACCAUCUUUCUGCAUCGCUGCUGCGGACCCAUCCCAAGGGCAGGGCAGGUCAAGGUGGCAAUGAUGGGUCUCCACAGAGCACCAGGCCCAGCUGAGCAUCAGCACAGUGCCAGGAGCGCUGGCUGUGCCUCACCUGAGGCUGGUAGAUGGGGCAGAUGGCAGGUGACAAGCUGUGAGGCACGGCGGAGUGGUAAAAAGUGGCAGUGGGCACCAGGCCAGGUCCAAAGCCACACAGCUGUCCUCACCACAUGGGGCCGGCCAAGAGCAGUCUCAGCAACAGGCAGUGGCUGUCUCCUGGGGCUCCGGCUGAAGAGCAGUCGCUGGUGGUUCCAGACCCAGGGGCAGGGGAGGCUGCCGUCUGUCUGAGGAGUAAAGGGCCCAUCCAGCGAAGUGCAGGGCUGCCGAGCGAGCAGCUGACUGUCAGCCUUCCUCCCGGGCGGGCACGCUGCAUGCCUCGCACAGUGCUGGACACAUUGUGAGGGCCAAACUGUCAUAACCCCCGUACCCCGUGGCCUCUAAGCAGCAAGCAUCUGUAACCCUCCCUCUUGUGGGGACCUCCAGAUCACAGGUCUUGGAAAUGAAAGGACCGAGCUUAUCCCAGCACCGAAGUCCUUAAUAAAGCUGCUACUACCCACA